AUCGAAUUCAAACCCUUAUGUUACGCUUCUUUCUUAUAUAACUGUCUCUUCAUAUUCUCACUCCUUCUCCUCCCUCUUCUCCUUUUUCUCUCUUAAGUUCUAUAAAUGUUCAUAUUUGUUUCUAGCUAAGAAGUUUGUAUAAGGCAGUGGACAUGGCUCCUGUUUCAAUGCCUCCAGGUUUCCGGUUUCAUCCAACAGACGAAGAGCUUGUCAUAUACUACCUCAAGCGAAAGAUUAAUGGUCGGACUAUUGAGUUAGAGAUAAUACCCGAGAUUGAUCUUUACAAAUGCGAACCUUGGGAUUUACCUGGGAAGUCCUUGCUGCCAAGUAAAGACCUAGAAUGGUUCUUUUUCAGUCCUCGAGACCGGAAAUAUCCAAACGGAUCAAGAACAAACCGGGCGACCAAAGCAGGUUACUGGAAAGCCACCGGGAAAGAUCGUAAAGUGACUUCACAUUCACGGAUGGUUGGAACAAAGAAAACAUUAGUUUAUUACCGAGGAAGAGCGCCUCAUGGCUCUCGUACCGAUUGGGUCAUGCACGAGUACCGUCUUGAAGAACAAGAAUGUGACUCUAAAUCCGGUAUACAGGAUGCCUAUGCACUUUGUCGAGUAUUUAAGAAGAGUGCUUUAGCCAACAAAAUUGAAGAACAACACCAUGGUACGAAGAAGAACAAAGGAACGACUAAUAGUGAACAAUCUACUUCUAGUACUUGUUUGUAUUCUGAUGGAAUGUAUGAAAACCUCGAAAACUCGGGGUAUCCAGUCUCACCUGAGACAGGAGGCUUAACUCAACUCGGUAAUAAUUCGUCGUCGGAUAUGGAAACGAUAGAGAAUAAAUGGAGUCAGUUUAUGUCGCAUGACACGUCCUUCAACUUCCCACCUCAGUCUCAAUAUGGAACAAUCUCAUAUCCUCCCUCGAAGGUUGAUAUAGCGUUAGAGUGUGCAAGACUACAAAAUCGUAUGUUGCCACCAGUACCACCACUUUACGUAGAAGGUCUCACACACAAUGAAUAUUUUGGAAACAAUGUAGCUAACGAUACAGAUGAAAUGUUGAGCAAGAUUAUAGCAUUGGCUCAAGCCUCACAUGAGCCACGAAACAGUCUAGACUCAUGGGACGGUGGUUCUGCUUCCGGGAACUUCCAUGGAGACUUUAACUAUUCCGGAGAAAAAGUCUCAUGCCUAGAGGCGAACGUGGAGGCUGUAGAUAUGCAAGAACACCAUGUGAAUUUUAAGGAAGAAAGACUUGUUGAAAACUUGAGAUGGGUAGGAGUAUCAAGCAAGGAACUUGAAAAGAGCUUCGUUGAAGAACACUCAACGGUAAUUCCUAUAGAAGAUAUUUGGAGAUAUCAUAAUGAUAAUCAAGAACAAGAACAUCAUGAUCAAGAUGGUAUGGACGUUAACAACAACAAUGGAGAUGUGGAUGAUGCUUUCACACUCGAGUUUUCGGAAAACGAACAUAACGAGAAUCUUUUGGACAAGAACGAUCAUGAGACAACGAGUUCCUCAUGUUUUGAGGUGGUAAAAAAAGUUGAGGUUAGCCAUGGAUUGUUUGUCACAACUCGUCAGGUAACCAACACAUUCUUCCAACAGAUAGUACCAUCGCAAACCGUUAUAGUUUAUAUAAAUCCGACGGAUGGCAAUGAGUGUUGUCAUAGUAUGACAUCAAAAGAGGAGGUUCAUGUCCGUAAAAAGAUAAAUCCGCGAAUCAACGGAGUAAGCUCAACAGUUCUUGGACAAUGGAGAAAAUUCGCGCAUGUUAUUGGCUUCAUUCCUAUGCUUCUAUUGAUGCGUUGUGUUCAUCGAGGUAACUCUAACAAAAACAGAGGCAGUGAAGGUUACUCGAGGCAGCCUACGAGAGGAGAUUGUAACAAUCGGGGAACAAUACUCAUGAUGGAAAAUGCUGUCGUGAGAAGAAAAAUUUGGAAGAAGAAGAAAGAGAAAAAUAUGGUUGACGAACAAGGUUUUCGGUUUCAAGAUAGUUUCGUAUUGAAGAAGUUGGGGCUUUCUCUUGCUAUCAUCUUAGCUGUUUCUACCAUAAGUCUUAUUUGAAUACUGAGGUUCAAUAUAUCAUAUAUGGCUUUUCACUUUUCUAUUGUACUCCCAUUUGCCUAGGUCGUAUUUACUCUCAUUUGCUUUUUCCAUUUCUCUAAAGUCGUCUAAACAAAACUAGAUUUGGUUAUUUUCUGUUUAUGUAUUAAGUGAUAUGAUCUCUCCGCGGGUUGAACGAUCAGUCUUCUGUCUGGUUUUUAUUAUUAUUAUUAUGUUUGCAUGCACGUAAGACGGUAAGAGCAGAUUAUACGAACAUUAACAAUUU